AUGUCCCCACCCAAAAAACAGUUAGAAUUUGUACAUGAAGUACAGAAGGUAUUCAAAGAUUCCAAGUUUCUCUUAACUGACAACAAUCAGCGUUAUAGAAUAGUUACAUUAGAAUUUUACUCGCUUCUCUUUAUUACUAUAAUUAAUUCCUCCGGUUUACCUUUGUUCUUCAGCUUCGUUCUCAUCCGCACAUUUGAGAAACAACGACCAAGACAGGCACAACGAAGAGUAACAAAAGCAGCACGGGCUCCCGAAGCUAACAAAAUUGUAAUCCCCUCACUUUCGCCCGCUCGCCUUAAUGUUCAACAACAUAGAGCACGAAAGCCCUCGUUUAGUGUCAGCAAGACUGAUCUAUUACUAGAAACGUUGAGAGAAGAACAAGUGUCUAGUAGUCAAAAAGCCGCCAGAGAAUUUAUUGAACAGACAUUAGAGGUAAAACUGCUCGGCAGUAAUCUACAUGAAUCCUUGAAAGAUGGUGUUGUUCUAUGCAGUUUAAUGAAUCGGUUAAAGCCUAAGUCAAUACCACAAAUCAGUCGAAAAAACUUGCCUUUUGUCAAGAUGGAGAACAUACAUAACUUCUUGAAUGCAGCUCGACAGUUUGGUCUGCAUAACUCCGACUUAUUUGAAACAGUUGAUUUGUUUGAGGGAAAAGAUAUGGAGAGGGUCGUGGCAACCAUCUUAGCAUUAGCACGGAUUGCUGCUGGAAAAUAUACUUGCCGACGGUCAGAUAUAUCAACAGAAAAACAUAAUACGAAAGAACAAAGAAAAUUCAAAGAAAACACAGAUCAGCCCAAUAAAAUGGAGAAUCAAUUACCGAGUUCUCGUGGAGCAAUAUCUAAUAGUGAUAUAAGUCGGCGAGCACGUGGUGAUUCACGGAGAUUAACUCAACCUCCAACAGACGGGGACCAGGUGAUCUUAGAUGCAGUAAAGAAAGCACGAAGACACUCUUUAGCUGACACUAAGUUCCGUAUGGAAAGAACACUUAACGAACGGUUUAUAUCGGAACGGACAAUUGCUGAGGCUGAAUGGACACUACCACAACAGAACUCUGUCACAAAUGGACAACUAGAAAGAAAUUCUAGUGCACCAGAAUUGUUUUCAAUGGACCAGAAUCUUACAAACGAAGAAACAAAUCUUCAAAAGAAGAGACCUAGUUUACGUAAAGUAGUAACUAUGGGGCAAUUAUUUACCAAAGUAAAUGAAAAUGAUCAAGACGAAUCUGAAUUUAUUGGUGAGCAGAUACCACCAUUGCCAUCCUCACCAAGCGUUGAGAAAUCUGAGAACGACAAUGGAUUGAAAAUGCCGCGAAGAUCUAGUCACAUUAAGACCCACGUACGAUAUAAAAGUGACAGGACUGCAGAGAUAUCGUUUAAUAAAAAUGACCGAAUAAUGGCAUUUCCAGAAGUUCGAUCUCGUAGAGAGAGUUUGGUGGGAACAAGUUUGCUUACAGAUAUAAGAGAUCGGGAAAAGCUUGUGCUUAUGGAGGACGGUCAGAUAAUGGCUCAAUACCAAUUAGGUAACUGCAUUGGGAAAGGACAAUUUGGGGCUGUAUAUAGAGCCCUCCAUCUCGGCACUGGACAAAUGGUGGCUGUUAAACGGAUAAAAUUAGACGGGAGGAAAGAUGAGGAAAUUCAACAACUCAUGCAGGAAGUCGAGUUACUCAAGUCUUUGUCUCAUCCUAGUGUUGUAAAAUAUGAAGCAUAUAUAAUGACGGAAGAUUAUAUCAACAUUAUUCUCGAAUACGCAGAGAAUGGAUCUCUUUUAAAUACUCUGAAGUCGUUUGGUAAUUUCCCUGAAAAACUCGUUGCUUCUUAUGUGGUCAAAAUUCUCGAGGGUUUAAGUUAUCUUCACAACAAACACGUUGUUCAUUGUGAUUUGAAAGCAGCUAAUAUCCUUACAACUAAGAAUGGCAAUGUAAAAUUAUCUGACUUUGGAGUCUCGUUGAACUUAAAGAUGAUGGAGAAAGUUAAUACAGAUGUUGCAGGAACGCCCAAUUGGAUGGCUCCAGAAGUAAUAGAGCUCAAAGGUGCAUCUACAGCGUCUGAUAUAUGGUCACUUGGAUGUACUAUAAUCGAAUUGCUUACUGGUAAGCCACCAUACGCCGAUUUAAUGGCAAUGACAACAUUAUUUCGUAUAGUUGAAGAUGAGUGUCCACCUAUACCUUCAACAAUAUCUUCAGAGUUGGACGAUUUUCUUCGUCUAUGUUUCCGCAAAAACUCAGCUGCUCGGCCGACUGCUAAUGAAUUAUUCAAACAUCCAUGGAUAUUGAAUAAUUGGUCUCUGCGGGAAUUACGCCCUCAGGAUUCUCUACCUUUUAUUCGUCGAAUCACAUCAGAGAACAACAUUCCUGACAUGUCUUCGUUGACUAAUUCUGCAACUAUUAAUCCGAACAACCAACUGGAUGAGAGUGGAAUUGACAUGGAUCCAAGAAUUUCAUAUUAUAACCCAGUGCUUUUCGCUGCCUCUCCACCAAUAUCGCCUGUAGGAAGUCCUAUUACGACACCACAUUUGGCCUUCGCUCCACCACAACCGCAAACCAAAAUGUAUGUCGCCACGCCACUUGUUCCACAUCGUUUUGUGAAAAAUUCAUUCAGCAAACCUGUCGAGUGUAGAAUAUGUCACCACACUAUGAAGACUAAAGCAGUCAUGUGUGAAGAAUGCAAUAUGGUCUGCCAUUCCAAGUGUCAAGGCGAAGCACCAUUUCCAUGUUCAUUACCAAAUAGAAAGAUUAUGUAUACUUCUCUUGGUUUG